GACUAGACAUCGAUGCUUUUCCAGCUCUAGUUUGAAUGAGGAAAAAAAAACAACAAAUAGGAUUUUGAACAAUUUGCGGGUUGAGAAAGAUGACUACUCCUGUGCCUCGACGAACGAAGGAUAUGAUGGCGCUAGCCUCGGAUUCGGACACAGAGGACAAUUAUAAUACGCCAUUCCGCCCGCAAAGUUCUCGAGGCGCCGCAGAGAUCAAAAAACCUCCGGCGGUGGCGUCGACAUUGCAAAAGCCAGCGAGGGGCAAAGAGAACGAAGCGGAUCCACACUUGCUGCAUAUGGAAAUGCUGCCCCGUCGUGCCUCCGAGCUGACAAUGAUGAAUUCGGACAGCGAGGAGGAGGAGGACAACAAAAACAAUCACAACCUAAACUGCGCCAUCCUAAACGAUUCCUUUGUACUGAGUCCCAAUCACGAAUUGACGGGCAGCAGCCACAGCAUUCCCACCCGUCGUACGUCCCCCGCAGCCGCUUCUGCCGCUCCUCUCAAAGCAUCUGAAUCGAAUCUCUCGUUUCUGGGUCGAUUUAACAACAUGGGCAUCAAUUGCAGCAGCCAGGGAUCGCCGGAUGUAGAGGCGGCGGAGCAGGUGCCAGCCAAAAAGCCUCUCUCUACGACCCAAGGCAUUGCGGAGAGACGGCAACUUGUGGAUACGGCCUUAGCAGAGAGACGUCGCCUCAUGGACACAAAGACGCCGCUGCGCAAGGGAAUCUCUGCCUCAUCCUCGUCCACGGUUGAGGUAAAAUCGCACGCAAAGCCAGAAGCUGAUUUCGUCACGCCUCAAGUGCGGGCAUACGGAUCAAUUCAGUCGGCAAAGAACAGAGGUCCAGCGGCGGCCAAUGAGUUUCGCUCCCAGAAGGUGCUCUUCCAAACGCCCAUGACCGUGAGUCGGGCGGCUCCAUUCCCCAACGACAGCAUAAGUUUCUCGCUCUGCGACACCAUCAGCGAGAGUCCCAACGUUCCGGAGCCACCGCCAAAGCAAGAGUCUAUGAAUGGAAAAUCCAAAAAGUCCUUGGAGAGCGCUUUCAGUGCGUUGGAAAAGGUGGAGAAAGUGCCACCGAAAGUGGUAAUUUCCGAGGCCAAGGAGGUGGUGGCAUCCGUACCCUUGGCUACAACGGAUCCGGUGGUACCUAAUCCUGGCGGCACCGCCUCUUCAAAAACUUCGAAUAUACUGAAUAUAAAGAAUAACGAGUAUACGAUCGUGAAAAAAUUGGGUUGUGGUGGCUCCAGUUCUGUCUAUUUAGCCCGUCGCUCAGAUUCCGGAGACGAGUUUGCGCUGAAGGUAGUGGAUCUGCAGGCCGAUCCUUUGGUGGUGCAGGGGUAUCUCAACGAAACAAAGCUCCUUGCGAAGCUGCAAGGAAAUGUGUGCGUUGUGGCCCUUUACGAUUAUCAACUUCUGCGCGAAGAGUCCAAGUUGUAUAUGGUGAUGGAGAAGGGCGAUUCUGAUCUGAACAAGAUCCUGCAGAACUACACCACAAACCUGCCAUUGUAUAGCCUGACAAACAUCCUCUAUCAGAUGCUGCAGGCCGUAAACUACAUUCACCAGCAUGGCGUUAUUCACUCGGAUCUAAAGCCAGCCAACUUUUUGAUGGUCAAUGGACGUCUAAAGUUGAUUGAUUUUGGUAUCGCCAGCAACAUCUCAGUAGAUUCGACAAGCAUAAUUAAGUUUUCACAGGCUGGAACCUUCAACUAUAUUAGUCCCGAGGCCCUGACGGACACGUCUACGGGCAACAGUCCGUUACGGGGCGGCGGCAACCAGCCGAAGAUCAAGAUCUCCACCAAGUCCGAUGUAUGGUCGCUGGGCUGCAUCUUGUAUUUGCUGCUCUAUCAGAAGACUCCGUUCGGUCACAUUCGGAACAUUUAUGCCAAGAUGAACGCAAUUGCCAGUCCAGCGACCAGCAUUGAAUAUCCUGCCAUUCCUCCUUACUAUCCUGUCAUGCUGGUUCAUAUGACCAAGAACUGCCUGCAGCUGAAUCCCAAGAAUCGACCAUCAUGCACUGAACUGCUGCAGUAUCCCUUCCAAAUGAUCAUUCCGCUGCACAACCUUCAAAUACCCCCUAGCAGGGGAGCCCCCAGCAACAAUAAUUAGCACGUAAGCUGUGUUUGUUUUAUUUAAGAAAGACAAAAAGAAAUUAAAGCAUGAGGGAAGAUAUUACAUUAAAAAUAUUUAUUGGCUCAGUAUGGAAUUCCAGGAAACUUAGUGAGGCUCAGAUGCUAGACAACCCAGGUAGAGUCCGUCUCCUUUUGUUCUCUUUAAUAACCUUUUGCUGGGUAUCAUAAUUUUUGUCGUCUUUCCAUUUUUAUUCAAACUAGUCUCUCGGUCUCUCAGCAAAGAUCAAACCCAGAAUAUUGACCUGUAAGCUCAAAUAUUUAUUACGAUAGAUUAAAAAUCGAAAAUAAUUGUCUUUUGUCAUAUGUGUGUGUAUGUAUUUAAUUCUCAUUUAUCGUAAAUUAUACAUCAUAAUUCUUUAUAAUGCGCUAUAGCUCAUUCAUUUGUUGUAUUGGUUGUGACCGCCGAUGCUUAUUGCUCGGCUUACUCUAUGUGUCGCAUGCAACAGGUUCUCGACAACUAAUGGCUAAUUAGCAUUAGCAUAAGUGAGUUUAAUUUGCGUUUACUUAAACAUUAGCUUCUCCUCAUUUAGUUUUUAUAUAAAAAUAGGUUUUUAUUUUCUUGUUUAUAUAUGUGUUUGCUUAAUUAAAUGUUGCUGCUGCUGUUAGUUCGUGCACUUUCUGGGGUUUCAAUACUUUGCGCUGCUCCUCGACAGGGGGAAAAACAUAGUACAAACGGGAAAACAGAUAUGGAAAACAUACAAAAAUUCGUCAAAUACAAGUACAUAUACACAUACAUACAUACUAAAUAGUUUAUAUUCAUUGUUUUUUUUAUGGAUUUUUAAGUAGCUGUGGGGUUUAAAUUCAUUUGCUUAACAUAGGAUAGA